AUACACGUGAUGAAUCCUAAAUUGGGAUAUGUUGUGUGAAGACGGAACUGAGCUAGAGCCAACCGUUUGUCGCUGCCGUAACUGCGUUCUACGCAAACCUGAAGACCUUCCCUGGCCGGAGGCACUAGAACAAGAGGCACAGGCACAGGCGGAACAGCAACAGGCACGAACAAAGCGGAACAAAGCACAGAAGAAGGCACAACUACAGCAGGCUCAGGCACAGCAGGCACAACCACAGCAGGAGCAGGAGACACCAACGAAAAUGGAUAGACGCAACGUGAAAAACAUGACGAAAAGAGACUCCGUCCGGACCAUUGACUCGUUGCACAGCAAUGCCACCAUGCUGGAGGCUGACCGCCAAUAUGAUCUCCGUAAUAAUUCCUCAACUGUGUCGGCGAAUGCGUCGGUAAUUGAGGAGGCAGCUGCCGCCCAAAGGCAGCAGCAGCCACAGCAGCCCACCAUUCUGCUGAUUGUGGUCAACAAACCGCCCGAACAACAGCUCUAUCCUCCACCAGGAGCCGGUUACGGUGCAGGUCCAUCGAGGGGACCCCCCAAUUACUAUAAUUCACCGCCGGGACCUGAACGAAGAGGAUUUGGACCUGGACGUGGACCACCUGGAUAUGGACCUGGGCGAGGACCACCUGGAUACGGAGCUGGACGAGGAGGGCCUGGCUAUGAGCCUGGUCCAAACUAUGGCCAGUAUCCUGGAUAUGGACCUGGUCCAAAUUAUGCCCAGGAUCGUCGUCGCAACGACGCUCGGUCGUAUCCGCAGUGGAGAAGAGACCCGCGGGAUGCCAGAGAGUCAUUCCAAAGCGAAGGCCGUUACCGACAACCUCCAUCAUCACAAGGCUGGCGUGGGGAACCUCCUCCUCAAGGAGGAAAAUAUAAUGGCGCUCCUCAACGGUCAAAUGAAGGCGAGCAGGAAGGAAACGAUAGAGAUCGAUCCAAGUGUCACUGCGAACCGAACGAUGGUAGAAGUAGAGGAAAGGCCGGCAAUGAAGAGAACCCAGGAAAUUAUAGAAACCAGAACAAGAAACAAUGUAUGUGUGUAAGUGAAGACGAGAGAUAUAUGCAAAGUAAUCCACCACGUCACAGGAACUGCCACUGCGGGGAAGUCGUCCAGGCAGGAAGUGCCGGAAAACUGCGUGAAAUGAAGCAGGAAAAUGAACGCAGUGAUCCGCGAAAUAUACCCAGCGGUAUGCGAUAUGAACCCAGCGGUACGCGAAGUGAACCCAGCGGUACGCGAAGUGAUCAUAGACGCGCAACCAAAUAUACAGACGAAUCAACGCCAGAGUCCUUGGCUAUGUCAGCGCCUGCCGAGAAUCCAAGUCUACCGUUCAGCAAGGAAACGACCUGCUCCCACCAGAAGGAGGAGGUGAUCAUACCCGGCAAGAAGACCUAUCGCUAUGUCACAGUGCCAGUUUGUAUCACCCAUGGCAAUGCCAAGUCCUGUGUGUGCUGCGACUGCGAGGCAGAUGACGAUGAUGAUGAGGACGAGGACGAGUACGACAGGGAGAGGCGCAAAUGUGAUUGCAAUCCCCAGGGUCAUUGCAGCUGCAUGGAUGGUCAAGGCGGCAGUCAGAUGCACAAUGAGCUGCUGUGCGAGUGCGACAUGACCAAUCUGGAGCGAACGCUGCAGCAUCUCAUCCCCAAUACGGACUGUAUGUGCUACUUCAAGGCGAAGAAGAAGCGACGCAAGAGGAAGCCUGUGCCAAUUGUUCGAUACGAUCGCUUUGCCAACCCCCCCUUUGUACUGAAUCCGAGGCCGCGCUGCCUUGAGUAUAGCUGCAACACGUGCUGCUGUCCGGUGGGCAGGAGCUGCUACUCUUGCGACUAUAGUCAUCCCUGGUGUCGUCCACGUUGUUGGUGAUGCUCUGGUAGAUUCCACAAUCAUCAAAUAAACCCAGUCAAAGGCCAAACA